CCGGGUCCAGAGCCUCCUUCUCGACGUUGGAGAUGCUUGAGCCGGGGGCUCGGAGAAUAAGGUUCGGGAACAAGGGGUUCCUUGAGGUUGACGGGGUUGGCACCGUGGAACUGCGGUGUGAGACGCCGUCGGGAGAGCGGGUCAACCUUCUCCGCGAGGUGGCGGAUGUUCCCGGUGUCGCGGAAAAUCUUUGCUCGGUGAAGAAAGCCACCGCGGUAGGAGCCGCGGUUGUGUUUGUUGGGGAGAUGUGUGAAGUGUCCGUGGACGGAGAGAUCGUGCUUCGGGCGGAGGAAAACGUGGAGGGCAUGUCGGUUGUUUGCCAACCGAAGGCCACGUGGGAGGACACGUGCUUGCUCGUGAGGGAAGCCGAGAGCCCGGUGUUGUGGCACCGGAGGUUGGGGCACGCCGGAUACGAGAGCUUGGCCAAGAUGGUGGAGGGGGGGUCGGUCCGGGGUGUGGGGGUAAAAGCUGAGGCGUUUCGGGAGGAGAAGACCGUACUGUGCGAGCCUUGCAUCAUGGGGAAGCAUACCCGAACGCCGUUCCCCAAGGAGUCGGACUCUAAGGAGAGUACGGAGCCCCUCGAGCUAGUGCACAUGGACGUGUGCGGGCCCAUGCCAAUGACGGCAAAGGGGGGGAGUAGGUACUUGGCCACUUUCCUUGACGACUAUAGCAAGCUUUCGGUGGUGCAACCGAUGAAGCGGAAGAGCGACGUCACGGCGGUCACGGAGAGCGUGUUUGCCCGGUUGGAGUUGCAAUCCGGAAAGAAGGUCAAGUCGGUGCAAACGGACCGGGGUGGGGAGUACGUCAACGAGGGAAUGACGGCCCUCCUUGGCAAGAAAGGGACGGUGAAACGGACCACGGCGGGGCACUCUCCCGAACAAAAUGGCUCGGCGGAGCGGUUGAAUCGGACGCUCGAGGAAAGGGGGCGGGCUUUGCUAGAGGACGCCGGAUUGGACCCGGAGUUGUGGGCGGAAGCGAUGGUUACCGCUAACUACACGCGGAACCGGGUGCCCUCGAGCGUGCACGGCAAGACCCCGUGGGAGAA